UGUAGGGUGGCCAUGGUCCUGUUUUCCUGGUGUAGGAUGGCUGUGUCCUGUUAUCCUGGCUUAGGAUAACCAUAUCCCAUUAUCCUGGCUUAGGAUAACCAUAUCCCAUUAUCCUGGCUUAGGAUAACUGUGUCCCGUUAUCCUGGUGUAGGAUGGCCAUGUCCCGUUGUUAUCCUGGUGUGGGAUGGCCAUGUCCCGUUGUUAUCCUGGUGUGGGAUGGCUCUGUCCCAUUAUCCUGGCUUAGGAUGGCAGUGUCCUGUUAUCCUGGUAUAGGAUGGCCGUGUCCAUUAUCCUGGUGCAGGAUGGAUGUGUCUCCUUCAUCCCAGCACAGGAUGGCUGUGUCCUGUUAUCCCAACACAGGACAGUCAUAUCCCAUUAUCCCAACACAGGAUGGCCAUAUCCCAUUAUCCCAACACAGGAUGGCCAUAUCCCGUUAUCCCAACACAGGAUGGCCAUAUCCCAUUAUCCCAACGCAGGAUGGCCAUAUCCCGUUAUCCCAACACAGGAUGGCCAUAUCCCAUUAUCCCAACACAGGAUGGCCAUAUCCCGUUAUCCCAACACAGGACAUCUGUGUCCUGUUAUCCCAACACAGGAUGGGCCAUAUCCCGUUCUCCCAGCCCAGGACCUCCGUGUCCCGUUAUCCCAACACAGGAUGGCCAUGUCCCGUUCUCCCAGCCCAGGACCUCCGUGUCCCGUUAUCCCAACACAGGACCUCCGUGUCCCGUUAUCCCAACACAGGAUGGCCAUGUCCUGUUAUCCCAACACAGGACAGUCAUGUCCCGUUAUCCCAACACAGGAUGGGCCAUGUCCCGUUCUCCCAGCCCAGGACCUCCGUGUCCCGUUAUCCCAACACAGGACCUCCGUGUCCCGUUAUCCCAACACAGGAUGGCCAUAUCCCAUUAUCCCAACAAAGGACCUCCGUGUCCCGCUCUCCCAGGCCAGGACCUCGGUGUCCCGCUCCCGGCCUCUCAUACUCGUUGAUCCUGAGGGUGAGAUCCACCCCUGCGGCACCCACGGAGAGAGCGCGGCCCUCGGGGCUCUCUCGGAGCAGAACCAGUUAACAAAGUGAAACUAAACCCCCCCAAAAAGACCGGGACCACUCAAGUGCAACUCCGUCUACCCCGCCAGGGUCCGC